CUGCAGCACAGGUGCGCGCGGCACCGGCCCUUCACCUGCUGCCACUGGCACUUCCGGAACCCGCGCCGCCGCAGGCCGCUGCGCACGCGCGACGGCACCUUCAACUACAGCCCCGACGUUACUGCACCAAGUACGGCCAGACAGAGGCCUGUGCCCCGACGGCGACCAGUGUCCCUUCCUGCACAGGACGACGGGGGACACAGAGCGCAAGUACCACCUGCGCUACUACAAGACGGGCACCUGUGUCCAUGAGACAGACGCCCGAGGCCACUGCGUGAAGAAUGGGCCGCACUGCGCCAUCGCCCACGGGCCCCUGGACCUGCGGCCACCUGUCUGUGACGUGCGAGCUGCAGGCACACCAGGGCCAGCCAGGUGGCAGGGAGGGUCUGCCCGAGCUGCAGCCUGGCGUCCUAGCCAGCCAGGCCACCAUGGAGCGACUCCUGGAUGAGGAUCCCCGGUGGCAAGAAGCUGCCUUUGUGCUGAGAAGCUACAAGACGGAGCCGUGCCCGAAGCCGCCAUGCCUGUGCCGCCAGGGCUACGCCUGCCCACACUUCCACAGCAGCCGUGACCGCCGGCGCAAUCCCCGCACUUUCCCCUACAGGUCCACCCCGUGCCCCAGUGUGAAGCAGGAUGACGAGUGGGGGGAGCCGUCGAGGUGUGAGAGUGGGGACCGCUGUCUGUUCUGCCAUUCCCGCACGGAGCAGCAGUUCCACCCCGAGAUCUACAAGUCCAGCCAGUGCAAGGACGUGCACCAGACCGGGCACUGCCCCCGAGGCCCUUUCUGCACCUUCGCACACACAGACAAGAGCCCCAGGACAGCCAGCGACUGGGGCUGCCGUGACCUGCCGCCCCUCAGCAGCACUGCAGCCACCAAUGGCCAGCUGGGAAACAGCCACCUGGCCAUGUUCACUGUGCUGCACCCACUCGCUCCCAGUGUGGGCUCCAGCAUGGAGUCCAGCCUGGCUUCCAGCACCGGCUCUGGUGGCUCCUCGCCCACUGUACUGCCCACCCUCCCGGGCCAUGCCCACCUGCUCAACCCCACUGAUGGCCUCCUGGAGCCCAGCCCAGAUAAAGAACUGGAGGAGCAGGCCAGGGACCCGGGUGUGACAGGACAGAGGUUGCUGGGAGGCUCUGCGCCCGUCAGCAUUCCAGGCCGCCCACCUCGCUCACCGUCACUGCAGUCAUCCUCGUCCCUGUCCACGUCCCCACUCAGCUCACUCUCUCAGUCCUUGUCAGGGCCACGUACAUCCUCCAUGACUCCCCCACAGCAGCCCCUCAAGCCAGAGCCAGGAGCAUUGGGCUCCUCUGCCUCGCCCUACAACUCCCUAGGUCUGAAUGGUGUCCCUGGCAGCAUCUGGGACUUCGUUUCAGGCAGCUUAUCCCCCAGCCCGUCCCCCACCCUUGGUGUGGGCCCAGGGGCUUCCCCCAGCCCCAGCGAGCUGGCUCGGGUCCGGCGGCAGCUAGAUGAGGCCAAGCGCAAGAUCCGCCAGUGGGAGGCGUCCUGGCAGCAGGUGAAGCAGGCCUGUGCCGCCUGGCAGCGGGAGGCCGAGGCGGCCAAGGAGCGCGCACUGGCAGCAGACAGCGCCCGGCAGCUGGCGCUGCAGAGGAAGGAGGAGGCGGAGGCGCAGGUCCUGCGGCUGCAGGGGGAGCUGCGCGGCCGGGGCAGGGCCUCUCUGGCCACCAUCCCCCUGCCUGAGCUGCACUGCCUGCAGAGCCAGCUGCGCUUGAACCUGGAGGCCGUGGACGGGGUGAUCUUCCAGCUGUGCUCCCAACAGUGUGCCCUCUGUCCUGAGCGCGCCCACAGUGGGGCCCCGCAGUCUUGCCAGCACCGUGUCCUCUGUGAGCCGUGUGCAGCUGGUGCCCCCGAGUGCCCCUACUGUGCAGCGCAGCCCCCGCAGUGGUGAUGCCCCACCCACAGCACGGCUGUCCUGAACCUGGUGCCCCCCUGGUGUGAAAUGGGGGGAGGGGGGGUGCAGCAGAGACAAACAUUCCUAGCUGCUGUGGGGUUUUGGGGGAGCCAUCCCUGCAGGCUGUUCUGAGAUGGGACACCCCACCAAGAGCCGCAGCUCUCCCCCCCAAGGCCACUUUCUCCAAGUGCCUCAUCAGAGGUGAAGGGAAGAUUUCGUUUCUUCUCUGGAGACUGAGCUGGCUGUGAAUAAAGGCCGGGGGCGUCCACACAGACGACUUGGGGCACACACGGGCCCACGGUGCUAUUCUUCCCUGGGCUGGGCCCUGCUGCAGUAAAUGUGGCUCGCCAGCCUGUAGGGCAGCCCCCCCAGAAGGGGCCUGAGUCUAGGCCACCUCAAACUCUUGGUCUGCAGCAGUGUUUCUGCUUGGCCAAGCAGACCUGGGGAGGGAAACAGGCUUUGCCACAGACUUCACUAGCAUUCCUGGCUAAGAAGCUACCACUGGCCAGAGAGCGUAGGCCCUGGAGGCCGCAGCCAUGGGGAAUCUUAGUUCUUAGAAAUGUCAAUCUCAGCUGCUAUUAUCACUGUUAUUUUUACGACUAUUUAUGCGCCUAACGACCACAUUUACUAUCUUAGUCGAGACAUUCUCAAAUCACAGACUGUUAAACUUUAUAAAUACA